ACAAGAGCGCAACGCGUAGAGCAUGAAGAGGCAGAGGGCCACCUCCGACCGAAAGCGGGCGCGGAUACCGUCGGGGAAGGCUGGAGCAGAAAGUGGAUUUCUCAUGGAAGUUUGUGUUGAUUCAGUGGAGUCAGCUGUGAAUGCAGAAAGAGGAGGUGCUGGUCGGAUUGAAUUAUGUUCUAGUUUAUUGGAGGGAGGAACCACACCCAGCAUGGGUGUCCUUCAAGUAGUGAAGCAGUGUGUCCAGAUCCCUGUCUUUGUGAUGAUUCGGCCACGAGGAGGUGAUUUUUUAUAUUCAGAUCGUGAAAUUGAGGUGAUGAAGACUGACAUUCGUCUUGCCAAGCUGUAUGGUGCUGAUGGUUUGGUAUUUGGGGCUUUGACUGAAGAUGGACACAUUGACAAAGAGCUGUGCAUGUCCCUUGUGGCUAUUUGCCGUCCUCUGCCAGUCACUUUCCACCGAGCUUUUGACAUGGUUCGUGAUCCAGUGGCAGCUCUAGAGACACUCUUAACCUUAGGAUUUGAACGAGUAUUGACCAGUGGAUGUGACAGUUCAGCACUAGAAGGACUACCCCUAAUAAAGCGACUCGUAGAUCAGGCAAAAGGCAGGAUUGUGGUAAUGCCAGGGGGUGGCAUAACAGACAGAAAUCUGCAAAGGAUCCUUGAAGGUUCAGGUGCUACAGAAUUCCACUGUUCUGCUAGGUCUGCCAGAGACUCAGGAAUGAAGUUUCGAAAUUCCUGUGUUUCCAUGGGAGCCUUACUUUCUAACUCAGAAUAUUCUCUAAAGGUAACGGAUGUGACCAAAGUAAGGACUUUGAAUGCUAUUGCAAAGAAUAGCCUGGUGUAGCUAGACCUCUCUGAGCAACAUGGAUAUUACCGGAUGAAGGUAGAACUACUGUCUACAAUUCUCUGUGAUACAACUUGAACGUUUUCUGGCUAGGACAGUCACAGUCCCUGUUUUAAGUCUGAUAUGGCCAUGAAGAACAUUUCCAAAGAAGAAGAAGAACUUGAGAUAGCUAUAGUCACUUCCUUUGCUUAAUCUUGCCACAUCUCUGCUUCAUGGUUAAAUCUGAUCUAUUCUUCCAGAGGCUUAGUCUGAUGGUGAUGGAAUUAAUUAGUGAACUUGGAAAAAUCAGUGGCAAAGUAUGACUUCAAGGUCAUUUCAGUAGUAGUAUUUUGCUUUUUCAUUUGUGAAAUAAAAAUUUCC